AUGUUGGGUCGAGAAGUCAAAACAACCACUUUUGAGAAUUGGAGAAAGACAAAUAAGUAUCUUCGACUUGAUGCAGCAACAAGAAAAAUAUUGACGUGCGAUAUUUGCGUUAAAUGGAGUACCAAACUUCCUGGGACAAACGCCUUUAUUACUGGGUCUACCAAUUUAAAGUCAUCGGCUGUAACAGAGCACGUUAAAAGUAAACUUCAUAAACAAGCUUUGCGACUUGAAGAACAAGAACAGGCAGCCGCCGAGAACAGAAAUGUGCGAGUGCAGUCACUGCCAGUGCCAGCUGAUGCCCCCAUUGCUCAGGCAAUCAGCAACAUGGGAACGCUUACACCUGAUGAAAGACGCGCCAUGCAGAAUCUCUUUGACAUUGCAUAUAUGAUAGCAUACAAGGGACGGCCUUAUUCUGAUUUGGUUGACCACGUAGAAAUUGAAAAGUUACAUGGAGUGAAGUUUAUGCCCGGCGGUACCUACGAGAAUGACAAAGGCUGCUCGCUAUUCAUUCAUUUUGCCGCAAAAGCACUGUACGAGAGGCAAGUCAAGGAUAAAGUCAAGAGAGCAAAUUUUAUAACUGUGCUAGCUGACGGGGCAACUGAUGCAGCGUGCAUAGAGAAAGAAGUCAUCUAUAUUUUGUUUGUAGAUCCAGAUGACUUUAAAGCUUCACUCGCGUUUCUAAGUUUGAAAUCGGUGAAAUCGCAAGAUGCGCAAGGGAUCACAGGCGCUAUUAUCGAUGCCUUCAAGGAAUGUGGUAUUGAAGAGAAACUGCAGAGAAUUGUCUUUUUCGAGUCUGAUGGUACUGCAGUUAAUUCGGGUUUGCGAGGUGGUGUCAUUUCCCUACUGCAGCAAAAGUUUGGCAAGCACAUCAAGUUCUUUUGGUGCAUGAAUCAUCGACUUGAACUAGCUAUAAAGGACGCGAUUCAGAACGACAUGGAGGAAGUUGAAACAGCAUUGCGGGAUUUAUACUACAUUUAUCAGAACUCUGGAAAGCGAUUGAGAGAAUUGAGGAGUUUGCAUGAAAUCCUGAAAGAGGUGUACAGCUUUGAGAACAGACAAGUCAAGCCUUCCAAAUCGAGCGGUACCCGGUGGAUUGACCAUAAGUUACGAGCCAUGAAAGCUUUCGUUGACAAGAGGGGAUUGUAUUUGACGCACAUCCAGAACGUCAUUGCAGAUACAAGUAAGCAGAAUGACAAGGCGACUCUUGAAGGGAAGAGGCGGCGCAUAGCAAAAGGUUCUGUGUUGCUAAAAUCUGCCUUGUAUGCUGAUAUUUUAAAACCAGUUCGGCUACUUUCUUUGGUCAAUCAGAAGACAAGAGAAGUUGACAUUGUCAAGCAAGUUGACUCAGUUGACCAAACCCUCAAGAAAUAUGAGAUUAUGAAACGUAGAGCAGAAGAAUCAAAUGCAACUGCAACGUCCGUGCUGCCAACUGUGAAACACGUGCUCUCUGUAAUCGAAGAGGAAGGCCUGUCUGUUGUUAGUCAAGAACCUCAGUAUCAGGGUAUUGCUGUAACACAUCUCCAGCAGGGCAAGGAUGCAGUUAACUCCUUGGUGCAUCGCAAUGUUGCAGCCAUCUACCAGUCACUUGCGCGCCGUUAUGGGAGUUUGGUGCAUGCUGACGAACGUGAAUCGCCCAAAGAAACAAAGGACGCAGAUGAAGUAGCACACAGCGUCGCCAAGCUCUUGAAUACUCGCGUUUGGAUGGAAGACGCCACUGAGGACAAGCUGUCCGUGCAAAUGGAAGCAAUCUCCAAUGUUUUCGAAAGCUUCAAAGAUGUCGAUCCACUACGACAGAUCAGCAAAGAACUUUUGCAGGAGCAGUAUGUUAUGUUAGUGCAGUGGGCAACCGCAUACUUUAACGUAGCUGUUAUUGACUCCAUUGAUCUGUGGCCAAGGCUCUGGAAGAUAAAGCUUGAGGAGAUACGAGAACAGUGGGCGCUGAUCGAGCUGUGUCUCUGCUGCCCGUACGGCAAUGCAGUCUGCGAGUCAUUUAUCUCGUACUUGCGAGUAGUCAAGACUGACUGGCGCAACCGGUUGAACGAACGCAACUUGACUGAUUUAAUGCGCAUUAAAGUGACUGGUCCAACCCUGCCCGUUUUCCGUGAGAGUUUUGGUGAGCUUGCUGUGGACCUCUGGAAUAGUGAAAAAUUGCGAAGGAAGAACCAAGGGAAACGAAAGCAGUAUGCUGCAAGAGAAAGCGCAUCAAAGAGGACAAGGGAGACAGAGAGGGAAGAAUUCUUAAGAGAUUGGUUGAAAGACGUUGGAGCUGAGUGCGGAGAAGAAUCGGAGAGUGGGGAAAAUGAACAGGAGAUGGAAUCUGAUGUGUCAGAGGAAGAUGCCCCAGGACCGAGUCAAGAAAUCCUACCAGUUCAAUCUGCUCAGUUGGAGUUGUCGGACAGUUUCAAAGACACUGAUUAUUAUCGCGAAGACCCUCUCCUGGGCGGAAUGAGAAGCAGUGACUCUAGUCUCAACUCUGAGUGA